AUGGCAUUCUUAACUUCAACUCAAAUUAUUGAUGCCGCUCUCCGUUGCGAUGGACCUCAUUCACUAUCCUACAAACACGACAAUCUCAAAUGGCUUAUUCGGCAACACUUCCUGUCUCUGCUGAAUAAUUUUCCAUCUCUCAAACCUUCUAUUGAUACCUUCACAUACGACGAGGGAACCACUGUCAAGCUUCUGGUUGCAACCGGCUAUUUCCCCGUGUCUCCUAAUAUUCAUCUCGCUAUAUGGAUCCAUGAGAGUUAUCCCUUUGUUGCACCUUUUGUGCUUCUUUCAUCAGCUUCGACCUCCAAAACUUCUCACGCCCACCCUUUUGUUUCUCCUUUAGGGGAGGUCUUCAUCCCUUACCUGCAUUUAUGGAAUCACCCACAAUCCAAUCUCUUGGACUUAGCACGCAGCCUGGUUCACAUAUUCACAUACCAGCAUCCUUUUGCUCCACCAGAACCCCCUAGGCCUAGUUUUAUAGAUACUUCUCUAGUCUCAAAGAUGGAGGCACUCAACUUUCUCUAUAUUGCUCUUCACCGCGACAUCAUAGCGUCAACUGACAAGGCGAAUGACGAUAUUGAUUCUCUGUCUAGCUUGCAGGCCGAGCUUGUUCGCCGGGAGGAGAUUCUGAACAUUGAGCUGGGGGAAUCUAGAUACGAAAGAUUGUGCUUGAAGGAAACGGUGCGAGAUUUGGCAUUUGAAGCAGAUGUACUAAUGAAUUGGUUGAAAUUUAACGAUCAUAGAAAUUCUCAAAACAAUAUAGCCAAAGAUAGUAUUGAAGAUGCAUUUGAAGCCGCUGACGAGGAGUCCAAUCAAAUCCUAAAUCUCUCAUCUGAAGACAAAGCCAUUGAAGAUCUGUUGUAUGUGCUAGAAACGGCACUGCAACAAGGAGUAGUACCCUUUGACAAGUAUCUAAAGCAAGUUAGAACUCUGUCAAGGGAGCAAUUCUUUCAUAGAGCUAAGAUAGUGAAACUAAGAGGCUCAGACAUGCUUUAUCAGUUAGAUGAGCCUUAA